AUGGACUCUCACCCUCUUAUGAGUUGGAGCUCUUAUUAUCAGAUAGAAGAAAAACCAUUGCCAUUUACGUGCCAGUUUUCUUACAGCGAGAACAGUGAAGUGUAUCCUCCUCCACUACACGAUUUACCAAUCCAAGACUGCUACCAGGGUGCUGUUCCUCUUACGGAGUAUUACCCUUCUGAUCCUUUAUACGAAACACUCGCCAUCGAGCUAACACCGACCCUGCGAGCAGACUGUGAUUUUUAUGAUAUAUCUAAGGAGCUUUCUGUGUGGAACGAAGUGAAUGCUGUGUUUGAUUCAGAAGUUGAUUUAUUAUUUCGUAACAAGGAGGAAAGUUUGAAGGAGAUGGUGGAUGAUAGCAAGGUUAACGAAGGGAGAGAAGAAAUAACGAACCCUAGAAAUAGCAGAAAGUUAUCAAGGGAGACGAUAUCUGAGUACUUUUACAUGCCAAUAACACAAGCUGCCAGAGAACUUAAUGUGGGGCUGACACUUCUGAAGAAAAGGUGCAGAGAGUUGGGUAUAAGAAGGUGGCCCCACAGAAAGCUGAUGAGCUUGCAAACUCUGAUAAAUAAUGUGCAGGAGCUACUGAAAGAGGAGGGGCCGGAGAGUGAAGAGAAGUUAAGAUUUGCCAUUGAGACAUUGGAAAAGGAAAAGAAGCUUUUGGAGGAAAUGCCAGAUAUUGAACUGGAAGAUAAUACAAAAAGACUUAGACAGGCAUGUUUCAAGGCCAACUAUAAGAAAAGGAAGCUAGGACAGAGGGAACCAGACUGUUCUUCUUGGAGUGGCGUAAUGUCAGAAUAUAAUAACGAAAGUGAAGAAGAACUGGAUAUGAAGUAUCUCAUUUCUCAGUUAGUUUAA